AACUUCCGCGCCGGAAGUGGGCGUCCGGGCGGCCCACUUGGAAGCAGUGCGUGAGCCUGGGGUCUGCCGCAGAGUCCUGGGCCGGCUAAGCUGAGGGGCGUGAGAAGGCCCAGAAGCGAACGCGAAGAGGAGCGCCUGCCCCCCGGAGAAGAGAAACCCGGCUACUUUCGGCUGGGAGCCGGUUUUCAGUGAAGAUGGCGGGGCCAGAACUGCUGCUUGACUCCAACAUCCGACUCUGGGUGGUCCUACCCAUCGUUAUCAUCACUUUCUUCGUGGGCAUGAUCCGCCACUACGUGUCCAUCCUGCUGCAGAGCGACAAGAAGCUCACCCAGGAACAAGUGUCUGACAGUCAAGUCCUAAUUCGAAGCAGAGUCCUCAGGGAAAAUGGAAAAUACAUUCCCAAACAGUCUUUCUUGACACGAAAAUAUUACUUCAACAACCCAGAGGAUGGAUUUUUCAAAAAAACUAAAAGGAAGGUAGUGCCACCUUCUCCUAUGACUGAUCCCACUAUGCUCACAGACAUGAUGAAAGGGAAUGUAACAAAUGUCCUCCCUAUGAUUCUUAUUGGUGGAUGGAUCAACAUGACGUUUUCAGGCUUUGUCACAACCAAAGUCCCAUUUCCACUGACCCUCCGUUUUAAGCCUAUGCUACAGCAAGGAAUUGAACUACUUACAUUAGAUGCAUCCUGGGUGAGUUCUGCAUCCUGGUACUUCCUUAAUGUAUUUGGGCUUCGGAGCAUUUACUCUCUGAUUUUGGGCCAAGAUAAUGCUGCUGACCAAUCACGAAUGAUGCAGGAGCAGAUGACUGGAGCAGCCAUGGCCAUGCCCGCAGAUACCAACAAAGCUUUCAAGACAGAGUGGGAAGCUUUGGAGCUGACAGAUCACCAGUGGGCACUAGAUGAUGUCGAAGAGGAGCUCAUGGCCAAAGACCUCCACUUCGAAGGCAUGUUCAAAAAGGAAUUACAGACCUCUAUUUUUUGAAGACGGAGCAGGGACUAGCUGUGUCAGGAACUUGGAGUAGCACUUAACCUUGUAACUUUCAUUGGAGCUGGCGCCUCUCAGAAUAAAAACGAGGGCGCAAGAGCUGGCGGGUGUGCA